ACGCCAUGUAGCACCACCCCGCAAAGGCCCAGGACGGAGAUAGUAUUUUUACUCACCACGCGCGGGCUGGAGAAACUCUAUCUAGUUAUACAGCUAGCACCCGCUUUCCCCUCAUCCCCGCCUUCAUGGCUCCCACAAUCGUCCACCUCCCCAACGGCCAAAACCUGACUAUCACCCCCGUUUUCGGCGGCCUCUUCUUCAAGUCCAACGACCUCACUCACAAUAGCCACUCACCCUUCCCGCCGGGAUGGACUAUCGUGCUCAAUUCCGAGGACGAAGAGCGCGUCGAAUUCGCACAGACAAGCGCUGACGGACGAGAACCUUCACCUGCACAGGAGGAGCCCAAGGGUAAACGACACAUUGUGCACCGCUACAAGCGGCCGACCAUGCAAAAUGACCACCUCUACAUAUCCUCCAUCUCAAACCCCAGCAGCACUGAGUUCAAGCCCGCAAGCUCGCCUACCAGGCAGAUUGCCAUGAUGCUGUGGGCUACGCUGUGGUGGUAUUUCCACCAAGCCGAACCGAACCUUCAAAUUACAAACGCCGCUUCUGCAAAGACGUCCGAAGCUGGGAGGCCGGAGGGCGAGUGGAGGAUCAACAUCAACCGUGAGGGUAUCUUCAAGGGCAAGGUAGUGCUGCCAAAGCUGGAGCGCAUGGGUCUGAUUGCCAGCGAGGAAUCCAGCGUCGGCAUUGAGCAGAGCGAGAAGUCGCCCGAGGGCUGGACAAAUAUGUUCGUGAGCCGCAGGUCUUUCUGGCAGCUGGACCCGCGGAUAUAUCUCUUCACGCUGUCGCCAUUGGCGCAAUCGCCCUUCCCGUCUGGCUCGCCGUAUACCUCGCGACCGGCUUCCCCUAGUGGAGAAGGGCGGAAGCCGGAUCCUACUCAACUUGAAUCGGUGUCGCAAGGUCUGUGGUCUCCUAAUGGUCCAGGUCCCUUCCAUUCCACUAGUCAUCUGCCUACGUACUACCCUCCGCCACCUCCUCAGUGGGUCUUUUCGAACCACGUGCGGCAUCCUAUCCGACCAAAACCACCACGGCAAGGAGAGACAUUCUAUACGAGGUUUAUCCCAAGUAUGAGCCAGUACCUUUCAUUCAGGGUGGCUUCGAUCUCGUCGAAACCUCUACGUUACAAAGGACCUGUUGCGUCCACCAACAUUGUAAGCAGUUUCCGUAACUCGCAAAUAUCUGUAAUGUCGGAACCAGCGAUACCAACAAUGGGGCUACUCGGUCUCGGGCUUUCUGAUCCCGAAUAUCUGCACAAGUGGAUGAAUGAGCCUCGCGUAUCAUACUUUUGGGGCGAGGCGGGACCUCAAUCGCAACAAGAAGAAUUUCUGAAGAAAGGACUCCAGAACAAGAACAGCUUCCCAGUUAUUGGAUGCUGGGACGGGAAACCAUUCGGCUACUUUGAAAUCUAUUGGGUGAAGGAGGAUAAUAUUGGGAAAUAUCUGGGUGGUAAUGUUGGCGAUUAUGAUCGUGGCAUCCACUGUCUGGUCGGAGAGGAGGAGUUCAGGGGACCACAACGGGUCAAGAUCUGGCUUAGUGCAUUGGUGCAUUACUGCUGGUUGGCAGAUAACAGGACAGAAGCGGUCAUUAUGGAACCUAGGGUGGAUAACGAGACGCUUUCCCAAUAUUGUCUAGAUCUUGGCUUUUACAAGGAAAGGGAAAUCAGUUUCCCUCACAAGCAGGCCAACCUUAUGAAGAUCAGGAGGGAUGCUUGGGAAGCCCCGGGGCUCUAAAAACGGUCAUGUGGAAUUGGGAGGACUUUUGCUUUCGACUAUCUGCUUAGUCUAUUGUUGUUACUACAGAGAUACCACUUAGUUUCAUGAAGAUGCAA